GGGGGCGCUGGGGGCCGGCCCGGGGCGGGUUCUCCGGGCGGAGACAGGGCGAGGUGCGUAGGUCGCCACGUCGGCAGGCGCCGAAGGAGCAGCUUCCACAGCAACGCGAGGGGAGCCCGAGUUCGGUCCGCGGUGGGGGAAGAAGCUGCUGCUGCCGCCGCCGGCGCCGGAGAGGAGAGGGGCGAGCGGAAGAUCCCUCUGCCAGGCGGAGCCGCGAGCGGGCAGGACGGAGCGGCGGAGGUUUUCAUAUAGGAAACCACAGUAGGACUUUUGAAUACAGGAACAGUUGUGUUUAUAAGACUGCUGUUUAACAAUAAAGGAGGAAAGGAGAGAACUUGUGCUUGUCACCUUGAAGCUACACAGCAAGGCGUUAAACAGGCAAUAAUGAACCAAACAGACAAAAAUGAACAAGAUGUUCCUGCAUAUCUUAAUGAGGAGCCACCAGAAGAUUCAUUAAAAGAUCAUCCACAGCAGCAGCCUGGCAUGCUUUCUCGUGUGACUGGUGGCCUCUUCAGCAUAACGAAGGGAGCUGUUGGUGCCACAAUUGGUGGUGUAGCAUGGAUAGGAGGGAAAAGCCUAGAAAUGACCAAAACAGCAGUAACAGCCGUGCCUUCUAUGGGAGUAGGAUUGGUAAAAGGAAGUGUUUCUGCUGUGACAGGUGGUGUUACAGCUGUAGGAUCUGCUAUCUCAAGCAAAGUGCCUUUAACAGGGAAGAAGAAGGAUAAGUCUGACUAAAAGAAAGAGAAACUGAGGCCAAGUAAGUUGCUUCUGUGGUUGUGGAAUCUGCAGAAAUGGACUGCUACAAAGCCACAGGUCUUAAGACUCCUCUAAAGAGCUGUGUGAAUGACUUUCACCUGAAAGGGACAAGAGCAGCGUGAUACCCCAGUGUCUGGAAUUUCAUUUAAAACGAUAGAUUUCUUCAAGCACUCAUCUGUGAAAUGUUAACACUUGAUGAACAUGGAAUCAAGUACAUGGAUCUGAAGGGGUGGCUCACAUAUGAAUAUUAAUUCACUGUAGAUCUUUUUUGCAGUCUUGAACUAAAAAUGUGAAAAUAAAAAUGGAGGGAAUGACCUAGCAAAAGGUAAAGCACUUUGAAGUCCUGUUGGUCCCAGUGGGAGGGGCUAAAGCCUGUGCUUACCUGCCCCUUUAGCAUCAGUGCUUUAAAUGUUGGCUAGAUCAUGCCCUUAGUUGGUAACUUCUACAGUACCAUAAAUAUAUUGAUGUUCUAGCUGCAAGCCUAUGGUGUCUGUAUUUUUUUUUAUAAAGAAUCAUUGAACUGCUUAAAGGGUCUUCAUAUAUCUUUGCUUUUUGAAACUAUUUUUAUACACUCUAUAAACUCUGAAUGGUGACUGCAUUCACUCUGUGUGUGCAUGUGUGUGUGUGUGCGCCUCUAUAUAUAUGUAGUCGUGUGGUAUAUCAAUCUAAUCAUUCAUGCCUUACAGUGAAAAACAAUCUAUUUUUCCUUAGUGACUGGAAGGAUUUUGUAAUGUCACUCAUUUCAAUGCAGUCUGUAAAAGAAGCUUUACUUUUUUAACACUGUUGAUACUGACUGAAGAGAAGACUGCUAAAUCUCAGGUGUAACUUGCCGGUUUCCAAACCCCCACCUCAAAAUGAAAACUCCUUUGUGCUGUUAGUUUGUUUAAACUGAAGUGUAUGUCCAAGUUUACAGUCCAUACAUUACUGGAUAACUUCUAGCUUAGAAUAAAAACACUUUUUUGUGGCUUCUAGUCCAACAAUA